ACAAUUAAAUGUUAGUAUACAUGUGUUUUAUGUCAUGUCACCUAGCUUAUCUAACCUGACCUGACCUAACUUUACCUAAACAACAAUCAGUCCUAAAUGAAAUCGGUAGCGGUCAUUUAAAACGAUAUAUGACUUUUAAUAACUGAUAUAACGAAUAAUACAAAUCUGAACAUGAAUUUAAGAGAACCAAGAAAGAAAAAAAAGAUAAAAUUGAAGCCACAAUGUCCAUUUCCUAUUCCUUUGAAUGAAACGCAAGAAUGGCCAGUGUAUACUGCACAUCUUACAGAUGUAGGAUCAUGCAUAAUUGAACCUGAGGAGAUCAAUGCAGUGCAUUCUAUGGGAUUUUUUGGUAAAGGAUCAUUGUCACGCAGUUAUCCAUCAUUUGGUAAAGCAAGAUACGGAGCACCACCAGUUGUUCGGAACAGACAGUGGCUUCGUAGACAAGAAUGGUUGAAAGAAGUUAAGGAAUUGAAUUCUGCCUCUUCCAAUUUUGAAGAUGCUAAAACAAGUGCUGAAUGUGAAGAAGAAAAUGUCUUGGAUAGCAAAACAGAGAAUAUUGGAGACGUCAUUGAGAUUCCAUUGAAUUGCAAUGAGAAAAAUAACAAAAUAAACAACACGAAACAAAGAAACGAAGUCACAAAUGACAUAGAAAUUGACGAAGUCGUUUUAGAUUCUGCAGAAGAAGAUGACGUAUGUAUCAUCAUUAAUAAUCAAGAAUCUGACAAUAUUAAAAGUCCACCAAAAACUCACGAUGAUGAGAAUUUCUCAGAGGAAAAAAAAGAAGAGGAAGAAGUUUGCGAAUUAAAUUAUUACGAUUUCAAGAGUGACUGCGCGAGUGAAGAUGAUAAGCAGCAUGGAAAGCUAUUGGUUUUACCAGACAGUGAUUCAGAUACUGAAAACUAUUUAAAAAAUAUUAAGCCGAGAAUCGAAAACGAAGGUUUCCCCAUUCGAGAGGCUCUGCAUCUCACUUUUGAAGAGACUUUUUUUCUCCUCUUUGGUUUAGGUUGUCUCCAAGUGGUUCACUUUGAUGGCAGUCUGUUGGAUAUCAAUAAUGCAUGGUUGUACUUUUGCAAGGAAAAGCCAGAUUUUUUACAAAAAUAUGUAGUUUAUCAUUAUUACAGAAGUAAAGGAUGGGUGGUCAAGCCCGGCCUGAAAUAUGGCGGCGACUUUUUGCUCUAUAAAGAAGGACCACCUUUUUUUCAUGCAUCUUAUAUUGUCAUAGUCGAAGUAGUAGAUGCAGAUUCCUUAGUUAUAGAGUCUACUUUGUCUACGCGAUCCACGUGGGACAGUUUGUUUGGAUUGCAAAGGCUCUCUGAAACUGCUGCCAAGGAGAUACUCUUCGCGCAAGUUUUAUGGCCAUCAUCAGUGCCUCAGGACAUCAGUGCAACUAGCCCCGAAAUACUCUCUGAAUUUACAGUGAGAGAAUUACUUUGGCGUCGAUGGAAUCCGAAACAGCAUCGUGAAGAUGUCCCCACCGAGGAUGAGGACUCAAGCUGAAGCGAUCGACGAUUCACGCGGUGGUACCGCUUGAGGUACUCGCCGAGUGAAAGCAAGCUGUGAUCGCGAGGGCCCGCAACGAUGGUCCCAGGUCCUCGGACCGCGUGCAGUCAGUCCGAGGUGAGCUGGGAGCUGGCAUGUCGAGUAUCGUGCAUCGCGAGUUAUCAGCGAGUUGAGCAUCC